AUGUCUCAAAGCAAGCGUCUACCUGGAAGGGUUGAGAAGGCUGAUAAGGCUGAUAAGGACCGGCGACGGUUCAAGUGCGCUACGUGCGACAAGUCCUUCAAGCGGAGUGAGCACUGUGCCCGGCACGAGUUAAUGCACACCCAGGAGCGCCCUUUUACCUGUCGAUACUGUACCAAGCGGUAUGGUCGAAAGGACCUUUUAAAGCGGCACGAGCGAAACAUACAUGUGGAUGCGUACACGGAUGAACGAGUGCAGAACGUACCAUGCCAAUCUCCAGCUUCUGCCUCCACGGGAAGCUCCGUGUCCGAGUUGGAUAACGCCAACAACCAGCAGCAUCCCACGGCCCCAGACCGUGAAAUGCCGGGUUCCCCUCAGAGUAAAGCAAAUAGAGACGACCAGGAUUCAAUCCAACGAGAGGGAUUCGAGGUAAAUGUAUCUUCCAGUCUUAGCCCCUCGUUCAUGCAGGGGACGAGCCUCUUUGAUGCGCGUCAGAUCGCUGGCUCUUCAUUACUCCACCUUGGGGAAGCAGAUACCCCUCACAGCUCGGACUCUCUGUUCUUUCAAACCCAGACGGGCGGCACACCAGGAUCGCCAGCUAAUGCUUUUUCAAUAGAGAGGCCCAUUGGUGAGGGGCUGGAUGCCCCUGAUAGGUUUCAAAUUUACCCAUCUACCUACCAGGAGCAACAUCACGAGACGAGUCGGCGGACAAGGUCUGGAUCUAGGCCAGCUUCUAACUUGGCAAGACAGGAGGGAGCUACUGUUGAUCAAGAUGCAGCAAUAUGGAGUGACACAGCAGCCGGAGCCGUAUUGGAUAACUUGGACCUCAACACCCUUAAUUUACAGAUGGACCUAGGGCAUUCUCCCGUGGAUGUAUGGUCGAAAAAUCCGGAUAACCUGACACUGAAUUUGCCUGUAAUUUUGCAGGAACAGCCCGUUCCAUCUCUAAAAAACAUCAUCGACGCAGUCGGAUUUGAAUGGUUGCACAACGAUGCCUCGGUCCGCCUGGGCCUCUCAGGGCCACGCCUGUUCUAUGUUAAUGAGCUUCAAGAGUUUACCAAUAGCUAUAUAAUUAGCUUUCAUCAGCACUUACCGUUCAUACACUUACCCUCGUUUUCUCCAGUCAACAAAUUCAAUACCCCGUCUCCUCUUGCCUUCGCUAUGGCUAGCAUCGGGGCAUUGUACCGCUUAAAACGUCGCCGCGCGCAUGAGUUCUACGAACUGACCGAAAAAAUGAUAUAUUCUCCCUCGUAUCUUGCUUCAUAUGUGCCGAGUCGAUCCCCGCUUUGGUUACUACAGACGAAGAUCCUACUGGCUUAUUUUGCAGUAUUCAGCAACAAGGAAAGUCUUGCAUCUGAAAUGUUCAAUAGGAUGGGCUUUAUGAUGCUGGAAUACCAAUGGCGGCGCAUUGGAUUACAAAGUCAAGCAAGCGACCGUAAAGGGAUGUCCUGGAAAGAAUGGGUUAACUACGAGACGACCAAACGGACACUAUGUGCCAUGUUCAUUUUCAGCAACCUAAUGCUCACAACCUUCAACAUGACACCAGGAUUCGUAAUCGACCGAGACCUCAUAAUCGAAAUGCCAGAUCACGAGGAGUUAUGGGCAGCGGAAUCAGAAGAUACUUGGACGACACUACGUCAGACCCUCAUUAAUAACCCCCAGCAUACAAUACAUAGUAUUUUAGAAUGCAUGAUCCAGCCCCCAGCAACCGAACAAAUCACCCGGGAAUCCUACCGCAUGUCCGGGUUCACAGCACUGGUUGUCAUGCAUGCGGUGAAUGUUUACCUCUGGCACCUAAACCAACUUGCGCAAUCAGUAAGUCGCUUCUCAGUAGGAAUUUGGCCGCACGAAAAUCUGCGUGGCGCCCUUUUGCACGCCGCAACAUCGAUGUUGGAGCGUUGCGAGGCAGCCCUGCAGGCUGGACGAGGAAAAGAUUAUGGACCCGCCUGGGGCGAGCCAGAGUAUCUUCCUAUUUUCAACUGCGAAGCGUUCCUACGUGUUGCGUACUCGCGACUUCUGCCUCCUUCGCACGCGUUUAACAGAUUAGCACUUCUUACGGACGACCGUGGAGUUGUUACGAGGGCUGUGAAGACGUACACAAACGAGCGUCUGGAGCGGAAUAUUUUUGUGACGAAGGCGGCUAGGAAGGCAUAUGAAGGGUUCCUGGCUCCGGUGAUGAUUGGUGGGCUGCUAGUAAGCAAGACGGCGGCGUUUAGUUGGAGUGUGGAGCAGGCUGUUGCUGGGUGGGAUAGUGCUCUCCUCCUCACGAAGUGGAUUAGCACUCUGGAGGUAGACGGGGCUGAACAACCCCCGGAUAGCGAUGAGCUCCAGAUCGUAGAUGAUGUAAAGGUUCUUCUUGAUGAAUUAGAUCUGGACAGUGAUGAAGAUAGCCAGAAUACUUCAUUAGCAGGAAUGUUGGCUCGCUCAUGGGCAUCUUUCCUUGACGAUGUCUGGGUGUGGGGAAUUACGCCACGGAUGGGAGCCGUUUUAAGACUACUUGCAGUGGAAUAUCAGGAACAGAUGGAGUGUGCACAUUAG